CCCCAAAAAUACCCAAAUAUAUUCAGACCUGGUGGCCAUGUUGGGAGGUGGUAAUGUUCUGUAGGUCCACAUCACAAGCAUUGUUAAAGGUGUUUUUCUUCGUUCACAACCCUCUGCCUUUAACCAUUGAGAUACAAUCCAGAUAAAUUCAUCUGUCCAUCCAUGAUAGGAAAGAUGGAUAAUAGCAACACUGCUUUUUUUUAAUGUAUUUUUGGCUACCAAUUUCUCUCAAGUCUUAUCUAGGCAUGUUUGUUGAAUGAUGAUUAUGUUUUGAGUUCAUCAUUGCAUAUUAGUAAAGCAGCCUUACCUCCCAACAUUGCACUGCUACCCCAGAUAGUAUAAUGUUGUUUCAUCGCUUUUAAUCUUGCAAAGACCUUAGUUUGCUGCAAUUUCAUUACUUACAAAAAUUUGGCACCAAAGCGUGUAUUGAAAGAACUGUGUUUCCUCUCUGAAUACCCCUGGUUAAAAGUUCAGUAGUAAUAAGGAGUUCAUUAGUUUUAUUUAAUUUUUGAUUAGUCUGGCCAAUUUUAAAUUACUCCCGGGCCAUCAAGGAACACAUGCUGUCGACAGACAUGCUAAAUUAAUGACUUUUUACUUAAAUGAUUACUAUUGUGUUUUUUUUUUUAUUGUGAUAGAAAUUUUUUUCUUCUAGAAACACUGGAGAGUACUUUUAAAGUCUUACUAAGUAAAGCUUUGACUGUUUUCUUAAAUCGCCUUCUCCUGUUACAAAAUGAGACCCCUGUGGGAAACAGAGGACUAGUUAUACGACCUCUGAUGAUAAGUCAUGUUUAACCAGGAUAGCUCAUGACUUCUGGGGAUAGUGGAGGAGGACGUGUUUUAUAAUGGGGAGUUUGAGCUUAAACUCUGGUGGCUACAAAGUCCUGUUAAAUUAACCUUCUGAUUUGUGUAUUUGAUAGCUUACAUUUUUUGUAUGUAUUUAGGUUGUUAAAAAUUACAAGGCAACAUUUAAAUGAGGGGAGAAGAAGCUUGUUAAAUCCAUCCCUAUUAGUUUUACUGUCUUACCAGUACUGCUUUUGUAAGGAUUUUAAACGGAGACACUGAACCUUCCAACUCUUGCUCUGAUAGCUUCUGGCGAAAGGGAACCUCUCGCCCCCAUCAACCGCAUUGCCUGAUCCCUGCUGCAGUUAAACCCUGGACCCUUUCUAUCUGCUGUGGUUUCAAUGUGUGUAUCCACUGUCUGCUGCUAGUACUGCUGCUUAAAAACCUGUUAACUUCAGCCCAAUUCAAUUCACUUUGUUUUUCUGGAGAAAUAGUGAAAGGUCAUCUCUGCACAGAUUGGGAGCAGUAUUUAUUUUGAUUAGAUUAACACAUCAUCAUCAAUGAGGGAGGUCAUUCAAACCAAUCAAGUAAAUAUGCGUAGCUGCUUAUAAUGUCCCACCCAGCUAAGUUCAUUAAGGUUGGUGUAUGUUGUUUCCACAGUUCGGUAAUGCUAGCACAGUUUCAAUAAAAAAAUAAAAUAUGUUUUUUUGGAUAGGAUUAUAGCUUGCAAGUUCAAUUAAUCCAGGUACAUGCAUGUCUGACUACAAAAAAGUAUAGUUUAGGUAGUUUAGUAAUUUUCCAACACAAAGAUUGAAUGUUUUUGUAUCCUCACCAGUAAGACUAUUGUAUUAAUAAGAUGUAAGUGUUGUUGUUUUUUUACCUUUAAGGAGGAGGUGAGGUAUAGAGAUUAGGAAGUUACAUGAGAAAGAAAUAAAAAUGUGACAAUUGUUUUAAAUAUAUUUCUAUACUUUAGCAGCAGUAAUCCUAGGAUACAUGUUUUCUGCUGGACACAAUAGUGUUUUAAGGGGUCUGAAGAAUUCAAUAGUUCCAGAAGAACAGUUCUUAUUGUUUGUUUGUGGUUCUGGAAUUCUAGUGAUUCCACUCUCCAUGUAUAAUAAUGAUUAUUCCCAGUGUACAGUGCAGUAGAACUUUAUAUUUAAUAUAGUACUGUGUAGAACUGGUUUCAGGUUUUUCUGCUUGUUUUUUAAAUUUCUAUGCAGUUCCGGGGGUAGGUCACAAGUUUUUUUUCUGUAGUGUCAACAGAAUAUUAGAGUGUUUUAAUAAGUCAGUUAUCAGAUGAGACCCCCGACCAUAGCUACAAAAUUGCUGACUUUGGAGUUUCAUAUCUCUGGACAGACCUGUUUUAAAUGUUGUUGAUUUAUUUUUUAGUUGCUCUGAUUUACUAUUCCUUGCCUGAAGAGCCAAGAGAGGAAACUGGAGAUCCGGCAUCGUUUUUCACAGCAGGACAGAAAGGAAUUACAUUUGACAAACAAGGCUUCCUGGUGAAACUUGAUGCUAAGCUCCCACUAGAGUUAACGUACAAAUAUGGCAAUCUCAGCGAGGGAGCUUGCAAACCUGGGUACGCAGCAGCCAAGAUGACGGCCAUCUAUCCAAAGUUCACUAAACCAGCCCCAAUGUUUCUAGAUCGGAACUUUAAACGACUGUCAAGAAUCGGUCAUUAUUUGCCUCCGUUUGGGAUCAAAACACAAGAAAAAGUAAUCGACAGUAUUUUGGCACUUACGAAAAAUUACGGGCUGUCCUCUGCUCUGGAUAGUCUGAGCUGUAAGAGAUGCAUCAUUGUUGGGAAUGGAGGGAUCCUCGCCAACAAGUCUUUGGGGUCUCGGAUCGACGACUAUGACGUUGUUGUGCGGUUGAAUGAGGCUCCAGUGAAAGGAUUUGUGAAAGACGUGGGUUCGAAAACAACAGUAAGGAUCACGUACCCCGAAGGAGCCAUCCAGAAUCCCGAUCGCUAUGAGAAGGACUCCCUCUUUGUCUUCUCUGCAUUCAAACCCCUGGACUUCAAAUGGCUCAAGCAGAUUGCAUCCAAGGAGAAGCUGCGUGGGACAGAUGGAUUCUGGAAGUCGGUGGCCCUACAGGUCCCCAAAGCGCCCACAGAGAUGCGCAUCCUGAACCCCUACUUUAUCCAGGAGGCUGCCUUCCACUUCAUUGGGCUGCCUCAGAACAAUGGGCUCAUGGGGAAAGGGAAUAUUCCCACCCUGGGCACUGUUGCUAUAACAAUGGCCCUCCAUAACUGUGAUGAGGUGGCGGUGGCAGGUUUCGGGUAUGAUAUGAACACCCCUUACGCACCCUUGCAUUACUACGAGAACGUCAAGAUGUCUGCCAUUAAAGAGUCUUGGACCCACAACAUUGGGAAAGAGAAGGAGUUUCUCCGCAAGCUGGUGAAGGGCAAAGUUAUCACCGACCUGACAAACGGGAUCUGAAACAUCUUGGGGUUGGGGGAAAAAACCCUUCCAAAUGACUAGUAGAAGGGAGGGUACCCCUUGAGAGGCACCAGAAAACAGCUGAGUACAGCUAGGACCCCCUCCCCAUCAGAAAGAUGGUGGAAAAGAAAACCAGCAAACAUGGCUGUAGGAUCUGUCCCAGCUGACACCUGUGUCGUUGGGCGAAAGCUGCUUGGGAGGGUGUAGGGUGGGUGGGGGCAUUAUAUUUAGUGUUAUUUUAUGUGGUCUCUACAAACCGAAGCAUUAAGUGUUUUAAUUUUUAAAAACAGUGAAAAAAAGUAGUUAAAGAAAAAAUAAAACAUAAGACAAUGUAGGAUGUGCCAAAUGUACCUCUGGAGGAGACGCCCUCCGUCAUGUGUUUUGAAUGUAUACAGUAGUGUUAGACAUCAGGGAAUCGCCUUUCCUUUUUUCUUUCCGGUUUUCAGUAGUUUGCAUCGCCCUUUCUAUGAGAGAGUCUCCGUCCGGGUGUCAGCGUACAUCUCCUGCUGCUAUCGCUGAGAAAGGGCAAGUUGCUCUGUUUUGAGAAUUCUUCGGUUUUUAAACACGCGACGUCCUGGAUUAUUUGUGUGAUGCUGGAGUGAAUCCUGAAAACACACACAAAAAGAAAAAAUAAAAAAGAGGUCAACCUUUUCAAAAUCUCUGAAUUUCCAGUUUUGGAAAGUGAAGAUGGAAGUUUGUUCCUCGGGAGUUUGAGUUUCUUUAGAACAAAGAAUUAAUCAGAAAGAUGUUUUUGAUGUCUGCUCAAACUUCUGAUACGGACAUGUUUUUUUUUUUUUGCUCAGUUGCUUUUGAGAUCUUUGAAAUUUAAGCAACCAAACUCGUACAGUUUUUCAGUGUUAUUAUCAUGUAACCUGUUUUUUUUUUUUUUUUUUGGCUCGGA